GUGUUGCGCUGUUGCGUUGAGAUGCGAGUUCACGUGAUUCCGGUCCAUUAGCUCCAGCUGGCUCUAGGUACCUAGGUAGUCAAUCUAGGACAGUCUGGGAAAUCUUGAAAGCUACUUAGGUACUUCGCACUUGCCUUGAUAUUACCGUACCCCGGAUCAUCUUAUGAACCGUGCUCCUGGGUGGGUUUCCAUCAGACCAGAUCAGACCUAAGAGAAAUCAACUAAGCGCCGUGCCGGCAAGGACUCGACCCACCAAAAACCCACUAAGUGCUUCGGACCGCGUAAUUCAGGUAGCUCCAAUUCAAGCUCCCUGCCCAUUCUUCUCAACCUCUCAAAAGCUCCCAUCUCUAUCAAUUUUCGUGAUUCGCACGUGCAGAAGCGGCUUAUUGUUAUAGUCGUUCCCACAUCUACUUGUCUAAGUACCAUCAGUACCGUCCCUCCAGCUCUAGCCUCGACGGCUCCGAGCUACUCGAACGGUCCAAGAUGAACAAGAAUUGGAACGACAGAGCUGACAAAGACCUCUUCUUCACCAUCCUCUCAGUCAAGAACAUCGGUGUAAUAAGUGGCGCAGAAUGGACUACCAUUGGCAACCAUAUGCGAUCCCUCGGCUAUGGCUUCACUAACGAAGGUUGCCGUCAACACUUCCAAGGUCUUCGCAGAGCUCAGCAUAAAGCCGAGUCAAAUGGUGAUAGUCAGCGCCGGUCUGACCCUACUGAGAAUCCUAUCACGCGACGUCCCGGCCCAGGCCGUGGCCGACCCAGAAAACAGCCCCCAGCACCUAUUGCCGGCUCAGAUCAAGUACACUCCUCAAAGCCAUCCAGCGAAGCCCAUGAGGCUGACCUAGAUGAUGAUGCCGCACCUAUGGAUGCGAUCCCGGUCGAGGAGACGGACUCCUUGGGUCUAGCGCAAGACGACUCGGCUCUCGAUGAAGAACAACCUUCAAAACGACAGCGUCUUGAGAAUGACGACCAGACUGAUGACGAUGCGGCAGUUCUAGCUCUGGCAGCAGAUGGAUUACCCGGACCUGACGAUCAUUAUGGCCCACCCGAGUAUUACGGCGAGGCAUAGUGAUUGCGGCCUUGAAUUCUAUAUGAAUUUUCUAAUCUUAGAGGUCUGGACGGCAACGAUGUGCCAAAUUUAUUUUCACGCCAAAUGCCGGUUCGUUUGAGCUGCGUCGUCGUUUGCCUGAAGCUAUUAGAGAACGAGAACUCACGUUUGCUUCUCCUGGGAAUAUGAGACGAGAACGUCUCCGGGAAGCUUCUGUACAACAUCGCAGCAUCGCGUUGAUCGGUAGUCUGGAGUUUUGAGCGGGCUAGGUAUUAAUCGGAAUAAAAAUUCGUGGAUAGUCAAUCAAUCCAAUUAUCGUAAAA